GCGGGGACGGGCGACGCGCGGCGGCGGUGCCUGGGGUGCCGGGGCGGCGGGCGCUGCCGGGCGAGGCGGGAUGCGGGCGGCCCACGGGCUCUGCGCGGCGCUGGCCCUGCUCCUGCUACCGGCCGGCGGCCGGGCGCUGCGCGACGGGGACUGCGAGGUGUGUGUCACGUUCCUGGGAAGGUUCUACCAGAGUUUAAAGGACAAUGACAUCGAAUUCACACCUUCCAGUAUUGAAAAGGAGCUCUUGAAAUCCUGCAAAGAAGCAAAAGGCAAAGAGAACCGCCUGUGCUAUUACAUUGGGGCUACAAGUGAUGCAGCCACCAAAAUCAUUAAUGAGGUGUCAAAGCCCAUGAGUCAUCACAUCCCCGUGGAAAAGAUCUGUGAGAAGCUAAAGAAGAAAGACAGUCAGAUCUGUGAACUAAAAUACGACAAGCAGAUCGACCUGAGCACGGCUGACCUGCGCAAGCUGCGCGUCAAGGAGCUGCGGCGGAUCCUGGACGACUGGGGUGAGGUGUGCAAGGGCUGCGCAGAGAAGUCUGAUUUCAUCCGCAGGAUCCACGAACUGAUGCCCAAGUACGCGCCGAGGGCAGCCGGCGCCCGGGCGGACCUGUGAGGGGCGACCCCGGGGCUCUGAGGGGCGACCCCGAGGUGACCACGGGCUCUGAGGCGUCUUGGAGGGGCGAUCGCAGGGCACCGAGGGGCGAUCCUGGGGUGACCCUGGGGCUCUGAGGGGCGAUCCCCGGGCUUUGAGGGGCGAUUCUGGGGUCGAGACCGGUGCUCCAAGGGGUCUCUGAGGGGCGACCCCGGCCCCGCGCUUUGUACGGGACGUUCAUUAAAGUUCGCCGGUGUGCACCGGGCGGA